CGAAACGUGCAACCAAAUUUUCAAAUAUUUUUAUUUUCUUCACUUUAGUCCUGAGCCCCGUCUUUCCUGUCUUCCUCACACACAAACCCUAGCUUUCGCAAAGCAGCAAUCUGUGUUCGCUUAGCAACAAUGCUUACAGGUGACAUACCACCGAACCAGACUAUAUACAUAAAGAACUUAAAUGAGAAAGUCAAGAAAGAAGAGUUGAAGAGAUCUCUUUAUGCCUUGUUCUCACAGUAUGGGAGAAUUGUGGACAUUGUUGCACUGAAAACUCCCAAGCUUCGAGGACAGGCUUGGGUUGUAUUUAGUGAAGUGACAGCUGCAAGCAAUGCAGUGCGACAAAUGCAAAACUUCCCAUUUUAUGAUAAACCAAUGCGAAUACAAUAUUCCAAAACAAAAUCAGAUUGCAUUGCUAAAGCAGAGGGUACCUAUGACAAGAAAAAGAAGCAAGAGGAAAAAGUUGAAAGAAAGACACGUGGCAGAGAAGGUCCACAAACUACCACCAGUAAUGGUCCUACAGCUGACACCAAUGGAGGCCCACCUGCUUCAACUUGGCAAGCAAAGUCGGGUGCACAAGAAGCAGCUGCAGAGCCAAACAACAUACUCUUUAUACAAAAUUUACCAUACGAGACAACCUGUAUGAUGUUGGAAGUUCUUUUCAAACAAUACCCUGGCUUUAGAGAAGUUCGAAUGAUCGAAGCAAAGCCAGGCAUCGCCUUCGUAGAAUUUGAAGAUGAUAUGCAGUCGUCAGUAGCCAUGCAGGCACUUCAAGGCUUCAAAAUCACUCCCCAGAAUCCCAUGGCCAUUACCUAUGCCAAAAAGUGAGCAACCUACUUUGUCGGCCUAGUGCUGCAUUUCUGUUCUGCUUAUCGCGAUGAGGAACUGUUAACCCUCGAGACUUGGAAUUUUGUGUUAAGUAGAUUUAUGAUGGUAGAAGUGGAUCCUUGUCUGGUUUCAUACGUACUUUUGAACAUCUACAUGAUAGUAUCUGCUUUAUUGCAUAUGCGGGGAAGUAGACUGAGCUGUACAUCUACUAUGAGCAGAUUGAAGCUUGCUUGCUUUGUUAUUUCUGGUGAAUGUUCACUUUCUAGAAGCACAUUUCAUUAUCUACCAUACAAAUAA